UUUUCCUUUCUAGACUACAGAUUUGGUUUCUAGCAAGCUUCACCACAGAGAAAAGACAAGCUGAUGUGAAAAGGAGAUAUGGAUACAUCCCUUGCAGGAAGAUGCUGUGUGCCCCAUCUCCUGGUUCUUCUCACGUUUGUGUUCAGUGGGGAGAGGACUGAGGCACAAAGAGCAGGUUGCAAGAAUGUUCACUAUGACCUUGUCUUCAUCUUGGAUGCCUCCUCCAGUGUUGGAAAAGAAGACUUUGAGAAGGUUCGUCAGUGGGUGUCUAAUUUGGUGGAAACUUUUGAGAUCGGCCCAGAGAAAACCCGUGUGGGUGUGGUGAGGUACAGCGACCGCCCAACCACGGAGUUCCACCUGGGGAAGUACAGGACCCGGGAGGAGAUCAAGGAUGCUGCACGAAAAAUUCACUAUUAUGGGGGUAACACGAACACUGGAGAUGCUCUCAGGUACAUCAACACCUACAGUUUUUCCAAAGAAGCUGGUGGGAGACUUAGUGAUCAGACUGUUAAGAAAGUGGCCAUCCUUUUGACGGAUGGAAGGAGCCAGGAUCAUGUCUUGGAUCCAGCCACUGCAGCCCAUCAAGCUGGGAUCAGGAUCUUUGCUGUGGGUGUUGGCGAAGCCUUGAAAGAGGAACUCGACGAGAUUGCUUCAGAACCCAAGUCUGCUCACGUGUUUCAUGUCUCUGAUUACAAUGCCAUCGAUAAAAUUCGGGGGAAGCUGAGGAGACGUCUCUGUGAGAAUGUCCUGUGUCCAAACGUCCAUGUGGAAGGAGAUCGGUUCAAACACACCAGUGGGGGGACUGAUGAGAUUCCAGGAUUUGACCUGAUGAAUUCGUUCAGCGUGAAACAGAUUUUUGGAAUGAAAGAAAAUGGCAUUCAGAGUGCUUAUGUACGACUUGGAAGCUUCCCUGUGGUUCAGAAAACUGAGGAUGUAUUUCCACAAGGUCUCCCUGAUGAAUAUGCCUUUGUAACCACCUUCAAGUUCCGGAAGGCUUCCAGGAAAGAAGACUGGUAUAUUUGGCAGAUUAUUGACAAGUAUGGCAUACCACAGGUCUCCAUCCGCCUGGACGGGGAGAACAAGGCUCUGGAGUACAACGCCGUGGGGCUGGCCAGGGACGCCGUCAGGGUGGUCUUCCGCAGCGCCCGCGUGGGCGACCUCUUCGACCGCGGCUGGCACAAGGUGGCCCUGGGCGUGCAGGCCAAGGCUGUCUCCCUCUACAUCGACUGCAGGCUGGUCCAGAUGCUGCCCAUUGAGGACAGGGAGAAUAUUGACAUUCAAGGGAAGACCGUGAUUGGCAAGCGCUUGUAUGACAGCGUCCCCAUUGAGUUUGAUCUUCAGCGGAUGGUUAUUUACUGUGAUUCUCGGCAUGCUGAGCUGGAGACCUGCUGUGACAUUCCCUCUGGACCAUGCCAGGUCACGGUCCUGACAGAACCACCUCCCCUGGAAGUGAGGCCCACUGUUGGCAGCGAGCAAGUUGGCCACCUCAAGACUUUCAACUGUUCCUGUCCUGCUGGGCCAAAGGGGGAGAGAGGUCCAAUUGGCCCUGAAGGUCCUAAAGGUCAAAAGGGAGAACUUGGCAUCCGAGGGCUUCCAGGUCUCAGAGGAGAAAAAGGAGAGUCAGGCAGAGCCUAUGGCAGAGGAGAAAAAGGAGAAAAGGGGUCCCUGGGCUCCCCUGGCCCCCCCGGGAGGGAUGGAGCAAAAGGAGAAGCCGGUGAACCAGGACAACCAGGAGCAUUUGGGCUGCCUGGGCCAGCAGGUCCAAAGGGGUCCGAGGGAAGGCAGGGUCCUCCAGGAAUUAAAGGCUAUGUAGGCGCACCGGGUCUGCAAGGAGAAAGAGGAGAAAAGGGAAUACGAGGAGACAAGGGAGAACGAGGCCUGGAUGGGUUCCCUGGAAAGCCAGGUGUGGAGGGGAAACAG